UUCGUUGCUGCGUGCUGUUUGUCACUUUGCCAGUCGCGUUCGCCCUCGUCUCGAUCAGUCAUCAUCAAAAUUCUAUCAAAAAUGGCUGGAGGAAUCACCGACAUCAAGAAGCUCGAGUACGAAAUCUACAAAUAUUCCAGCUACUCCUCGUCCUAUUUGCCCGAAAACAUUCGUGAAGAUAAUCCCACCAACCAAACAUCGCGAUGGUCGUCCAAUACGAACAGCCCGCCGCAGUUCCUGGUGCUGAAGUUGGAGCGGCCGGCCAUUGUGACGAAGAUCAAGUUCGGGAAGUACGAGAAAACGCACGUUUGCAAUCUGCGAAAGUUUAAAAUUCUCGGCGGACUGGAGGAGGACCGGAUGACGCAGCUGUUCGAAGGUGGUCUCAAAAACGACUCGGUUCCGGAAACGUUCAAUUUGAAACAUCGCACCAACUCGGGCGAACUGUUACCGAUCAAGUUCCUUCAAAUUGUACCGUUGCUGUCGUGGGGACCCAGUUUCAACUUUUGCAUCUGGUACGUCGAGCUGCUUGGAAUCGAAGAUUCGAUCUUUAUCCUGUCGAACCUGCGCAAGUACAACAUGCUGCGGGAGGUGGAGAUCGUACGGCUGUUCAUGAAACACUGCCGCCAGCAGGGCUACGUCAAGGCAUUUAGCGCCCUGCAGGAGGAGACGGGCGUUCGACUGGAGGACGAAAAGAUGACUGAACUGCAUGAAAUUCUCGUCAACAAAGGAGAUUUUAAGAAGACUGAAGUAGUUCUGGUCGAUUUUAUCAACAGCGGCCUAAUGGACGACUACCUCUUGCGACAGGAGUAUAAACCGCACUGGAGCUUGCAGGUGACAGCGGAACGCGAGUCACGACCUGGCCGUCGAGGUGGCCAUCAGCUCAUCAUUGAUCCGCUGACCAGUACCGUCUAUCUGUACGGCGGUUGGGAUGGCAGCGAGGAUUUGAGUGAUUUGUGGUCCUACGAUAUGAAGAACAACCGAUGGACGAUGAUUCACGAAAAUUCCGAAUUGCUGGACGGUCCGUCGCCACGCGCCUGCCACAAGAUGGUUUACGACACGAAGAACUCGCAGAUUUUUAUGAUCGGACGCUACCUGGACAGUGCUUCCCGCACGGAGGAAAACAUCAAUAGCGAUUUUUACCUGUAUAAUACCAUCAGCAAAACGUGGUGCUUGAUCAGCAACGAUACGGCACAAGUGGGCGGACCCCAACUCGUGUACGACCAUCAGAUGUGCAUCGACGUGGACAAGCAGACAAUCUACGUUUUCGGUGGUCGCAUCCUCGAGCCCAAAUUUUCUUUCUCCUUUAGAAAUGAGGAAGAAACAACGGGCGAUUACAAGUAUUCGGGGCUGUACUCGUAUCACAUCAGCACCAACACGUGGAACCAUAUCUUGGUGGAUUGUGGGCAUCCGUCGGCCGCUAGUCCGCACGUGCAGAGCAUCAAGUCGCGAGUGACCCAUUCGAUGCUGUUCCAUCAUAAACACCGAAAACUGUACAUUUUCGGCGGCCAACGCGGCAAGGAUUACAUGACGGACUUUCUGAUCUACAAUGUGGACAGCACUGAGCUCACGAGUAUGACCCCGGAGAACGUCGGUACGGAUUCGAAAAACGUGCCCCAGUCCGGUUUCACCCAACGAGCGACGAUCGACUGUGACAAGGACGAAAUUUACGUGCUGACCAGUCUGAGUAAGGAAAAGGAACGGCGUGAUCUCAACAUCAAUUCGUUCUGGUUGUUCUCGCUGAUCAAAAGGGAAUGGUGCUGUGUGUACAGGAGUGACCACUCGAUUGGAGAGAACUGUUAUCUGAAGAGCCAGCAUGCUUGCUCGGAACCGUGCCCACGGUACGCUCACCAGAUCGUGUACGAUGCAGUAAAUCAGGUCCACUUCCUUUUCGGUGGUAAUCCUGGCAUGAAUUCACACGUCCGUUUGGAUGACUUCUGGAUGCUACGGCUGGAGAAACCAACCAGGGAGAAUAUACUGCGCUACUGUAAGUACCUGCUUAGAAAACAAGAGUACGAAGAGAUUGCCAGGAAGAAUCCCCUCACGGCAAUAUCCUACCUGCAAACGAAGUUGUACGACAUCAUCGAUCACAACGAUCCAGCGCAGUUGAAGGAGUUCCACAAGUUGGCAUCACUAUUGUUCAAAUCGGACAGUACGGAUUGUGAAACGGAACCCACCAGCCUGCUGGCAUGUCCCCUGGGCGGUAGCUUGAAACCCAACAGCCAGAAGCAUGCCAACGAGCGUGAACCAAAUGAAGACAAUGCCAAGAUUAUGCGGGUGGAAUCGCCCAAAUGUCCGGACGAAGCGGACGCUUCCAGCAUGAGUUCGCUAAGCAGUGAGUGUUCCAGCUCGCAAACAGCGCGGGCGAUUCCAUCGACGUCAUCCAGCUACUCAUCUCGCACCCGCAAGGCCAACGAUCAACUGUUUGAGCUGAAAAUAAGACGCUGCCUGCUGUACAACAAACUCGUCGACCUGCUUCCGGAAAGUCUCUGUCAGCCAAAGAAGAACAUCAGUGACUUCGUGCUGCUCUAAUCCCACGAGGUAAAACACAAAAUAGCUUUUCUUUUUUAAUUUUGGCAAAAAAUCUUUGUUAUGGAACUUCAAAAGCUCAUACAAGAAGAGCUACCCGAAUGGCACAAAAUCGUUUAACAUGACGCCAUGUGGCAUAAAGAGAUAAACACCCAAGGGUCAUUUGGCAUAACGAUCCUUCGGUAUAACACAAAAAAUAGCCUAUUUGAAAAAAAAUGUGUAUUAUGGCGAAAUGUACAGUUACUCCAAGCACCAUCAUGCCAAACGGCUUCAUGCCCAACGGCUGCUCCUUCCCCCCAUACAAAGUUUUUCAAAUUCUCAGACUGGUACUGAUAUCGGUACGGAUUUAGGCUAAUAAAUGGAAACGGAAAUGUGAUAACUUUACCCUUCCCCCGCCCCUCCUGUAAACGCCGGUCACAGACACACACACCCACACGGAUGCCAUCUCGAAAAGUCAACCAAUCAGUCAAUUUUGUCGCUUUAGGUUUAACUCAGUUUUUUUUUUUUAUUUACAUCAAAUAUGUUAGCACAUCAGCUUUUGAUUUACCAAUCGUUAGGGAAGACAAUCAAUUGUAAUGACGGUUUUUAGGACUUUGUUUGAAUAAAUUUGGACGACGCGCAAUGAGAGCCACAAACACACAUACACAUCACACACCAAAACGUAAGAGACGCUAGAUUUUGUUUUGUUUUUCAUUAAAUUUAUGCACUUCUUUCGCCUAAGUGAUAUAUAGUUUAUACAGAUGCAAAAAUAGUAAGAAUCAUACGUAAGAUUGCCUCGUUUGUGUAACUUUCAUGACUUUUUUAUAAUUUCGUUACUCAGAAAUCGCUGUUUGUUAGCUUAUUAAAAACCGUAAAGUCUGUAAUUAUCGAAA